ACGUAUUAAACACGACCAGAUACCAGUGUAUUUUUUAUGUUUUCAUUAUACGUGUACACCACAAAGACUAUUUUUAUUGAUAAUAGGAAAACAGCUAUUUACACUGUAGACAGAACAACAAAGCAUAUAUUAUAUAAUAUUAUUAUAAACGAAUGGUUUCAUCCAUCCUGCAGGCUUAUCAAUGCAAAACAUAAUAUUCCAAAUAUGGACCUGUGAUGUAAGUGUUUUAGCUGUUUAUGUGCAUAGCGUAUUUCUUUUUAAAUUAUUGUUUUGUGACACCGUGUCUGAACCUUGGCCAAGGGUCGGUGGGGUUUGAUUGAUAUGAUUAUUGGACCAGUUUCCACUGUACGACUUUGACUAAUGCUCAAUUUAAAAUGCUGCAUAUUCACAGAUAAGACUUACAAGCAAGAUUUCUUGGACGCAACCUGCAGUGUAUCAAACUACGAGUCACAACAACAAAGAAGUCAAUACAUUAUUUUUUAAGUGAUCAAAUCACGCGACAGUGCAUUGAAGUGAUCAAAGCUCAGUUCAGUUUAUGACACUACAUCAUGUUUGAGUGACAAGAAAAAAAAGUCGAUCGAUUUUGCAACUACUAAUUCUAUCAGUAGUAAUGACAGUUGGCAAUUUGCAAUGGGUUUUAUUCUGUAACUUUUAUUCAGCAAGCAUGGACACUCGUAAAUUUAUAGACACGUCCUAUUUUGAGCCAUUUUACAGCAGCAUCCAAUAAACUGGACGAGUCAUUAGUCAAAAGCAAGUUCUUAUUCAUACGGAUAUUCAUUCACAGAUUGUGCUAUUUGAAGAAUUGCCAUGACAGUAUUAUUGUUUAGUAACGUUAUUUCAUUGCAUGGAUUUGUACAGACCAUGAAGCUGCACAAUUUAACUAUCUGCUCGAUUACUUGAAAAAAGUUCUUUAACGCCCGUCUUCUCUUUGUGUCCCCGGGGGCGUUUCCACAAAAGAAGACAUGUCGGCUGGAUCAUCCUACAAGGCUACAGGAGAGUUGACUCCAGUAGAGCGCACUGACAGGGUCAGUGUUCCCCCCACUGGUGCUCCCGACCACAGCGUGUCUUCUCCGCCCAAGCUGGACUCUGAAACGUCUGUGAAGAGUAUACUUGUACAAGAGGGCACGGACAAUGUCGCGGGUGAUGAUAACAGUACAGCAACGUCCCUCAAGGCUCAAAGCGAACAUUGCGAUCCCAUUGAGUCUGCUUUUUACCAGAUCAGUGACCAUGAUGUAGAUCAAGGGGGACACUCGCAGACCGGCUCACACGAAUUAAACAAUUGUGUUUUCGGGGUGGGAGAAACGGAGAAAGACAACGAGAGUGAAAAGCGAAUUAAGUCCCAUUAUCGAUCCAAUUCUUUGCUUUCGGAAGCGGAAGAAAAAAUUGGGAUGACUAACACAGAAAUGGAAGACGAGAAAGGAAGACAAAUAAUAAAGGACUCUGAAAUGAGUAGUAACAGACCAGUCUCGCCAACUCUAUCGAUUUUGAAAAGGCAGAACGAGGGCCUUUGGGAUACGCAGCGUGGCGUGGAAACAAUGCACCAGGGAGAGGGGGAGACUUUGCCUCCGACUUCUGGUGUUGAUGUUAUGUCAUCACUAGACAAAGAUCCAGACGCCAGUGAUACAAAAGGUUCGAAUGAAAAUUUAAAAGAUGUGUUGCCGCAAAAAGACAUAACAGGAGCACUUAUUUAUUCUCGUGCUGGAACGCCCACCACGGAGCUGACGGAAAAAGACGGGAGCCACAACAGUGACAACACGACGGAAACCAUUACUGGCCAGACAAAGAGUAUCUCCAACCCCUUGAGUUUGAACAGACGUGACUCCGUGGAAAGUUCUUAUUUCGCCUUGUUCGAAAACGAGUCAGCAGCUGAUGACAUCUUUUAUCAGAAUGUUAGGACUUCUGUCUCAGAAGUUACUAAAGACGAGUUGAAAGGAGAACAAACAAACGAACGUGUUGACAAAACUGACGAAAGUAGUGCCGUUUUGGACAACGCUGUUCUGACAGAAUCAAGGAAUGUUUCAUCGUCAGAGGAUGAGGAGAAUUCGGAUGAUUCUGAUUAUGAAACAAAUUACAACUAUCGGGAAGAGGAUGGGAAGUUCAUGAGCACGCGAGAAAACAGCCCCAUAGAUCAGAGGAAUAGCGAGAAAAGUCAUUCAGGAAAACCGCACGUAAAGUUCGGGGACGUCAUAGAGGAGAUAAUUAGUGUGACAAAACUCGACACAGAUGAUGAAAUAGAAAAAGAGGCGCUGGCGCAUAUGGAUAUUGUUGAUGAUGACGGAGUGAACGCCCCGCUCAAAUCGCUAGCCCCGGACAACGCGUCCCCAACCUCGUCCUCGCCUCGGCAUACCGGAGGCGGAAGUCCAAAUCACUCCUCCCGUAAUGGAACGAGGGAGAUAAAGAGCUCGUCUGAUUCUGCAAUUACUAUCCCGUCAGGGGAAGCCACGGGUACAAUGGCUGCAGACAGGGACGGGCGAGCUUGGCAGGACUCCAGACUCGAUUCACUAGCAGAACCGGAGGAUCAAAAGAUUUUUCGCUCCACAAAUAGAGUAAAUAAAAGGAGACCCAAAAAGUGGUGUGACGAGGAGGACACGCAUUCUGCUGGUGAGGAUUUCAGAGAACGGGAAGACGAUUUAAAAGACUUAGACAUAUACAGCGAUGAUGAAGCUGAUUACCGACUCAGUCCGAACCUAGAUAGUGGAUCUGAUCAAGACUUCCCCAUGAAAAGCCCCAAACGUCGCGCGAAGCCUUCUAUGGCAACGUACCAGUCCGUGGAGGAGAUGAAAGCAAUAGACAGGUUAAAAGUUGGACCUUAUUCCCAGAGUAUUUCUGCACCGAAUCACAAACCCAAAUCUCCGAGAAGACGGGCAUUCCACGGUGCCACAAAGAGCAGUAGCAAUAAAGUGCGCAAGUCGAAACAAGGAGCCAGACCCAAAUCAAAGACAUCACAAGAAGGUGACAAGAUCGCAACAAAAUUGAAGAGCAAGCCUCAGAAACCAGAAGAGACCGUUGCAGCUGCAGUUAAAAUGAAGCCAGCGAAAACCCAACGCCGUAAAGCUCCAAACUCUGCUUCUGAAAAAACUCGACUGUCGAGUGAAGUUAAGAAAACAGUAAGCAAAAAGACAGCCAGUGGAUAUAUAGUGAAAGGAAAACUGUCAAGAGAGGACCGUUCCGACAGUGUUGAAAAUGUUGCCACCGAAAGUGUUGAUGAUAUGGAACCAGUGGAUACAUUCGGCGACAAAGAAGAAGCAAAGCCAGAGACAUUGUUAUUGAAAAAGGAAGAAGGCAAACUGACUCCUCUUAAAGCAGACAUCAAGAAAAGAAGCAAUGAAAAGAAGGUUUCGUUAGCACCAGCGACGAAAGCAGAUGAAAAGCAAAACGGUAAGAGUGCAAACAAAAUAGAGGGAAAUCCCCACAUGAUCCAACCACCUUCUAAUGGCAGUGUACAUCACCACAAGAACGGGAUUUUCAAUAAAAAUGUGUCUACAACAGUGACAUCAGAAACACCAAUUGAAGACAAAAUCAACGUUGAAGAACCUCAAGAAAAGAAGUCACGACCCUCUCUCCGAGAAUGGUUCAAAAGCAAAAAGAAAGAUACACCAUCGUCCCCGAAGGCUACUCGCAAACUUGCAGCCAAAUAUAAGACUGAAAACACACCGAGGACGGACCGAAGCACCCCCCGUGCGGAUGCUAGCAAAAUCAUUAUCACAGUUCCUGACGCAGACAAAGCAAAUGAUACAGAGAGUUCUAAAGGAAAGAAAGAGGACAAAAAACACGCCAAACAAUCGCCAAAUUCCACUCUCCCUGCUACUAUCACAAUAGUAGAUGAAACAUCCGACUCUGUGGACGCCAACAAAACACCAGAAACGGGAAAGAUGAUUCUUAACAAAAUCAAACGCAAGUUGAACGAAAAAAGGUUAUCGACUUCGACAAACUCCAAUGUAUCUUUGCCCCUCAACGGCGCGUCCCGCUCCCCAUCGCCCGACACCCUCCACGGUAGCGGGAACUCCAGGCUCGCUGGUCGCGUCGCUCACAAGACUCAGAGUAUGAGUUCCCUCCAGGUCCCCGGCCCGCAGACGUCAGGCUCGCCUUUGGCGCCCCCUCUAGAAGAAGACACGGUGUCUUUGUACUCCAAACGAGACUCCACGCUGGAUUCUGUGUCGCGGAAGUCUGUGGAUUACCGCAUCCGGAACACGACCACGGUGAUUCUCCCGCACACGGACGAGAAGCCAACAAAGUCUGUGGUGGCCAAUGAUGAGACGACGCCGUACCUCCCUCUGGGCCUGGCUGUCACGUGCUUGUGUCUCAACAUUGUCCUGCCAGGCUCCGGUACCGCCGUGAGCGGCCUAUCCAUCUUGUGCUGCGGUCAGCCCCGACUGUCCGGUAAGACUGACCAGCUGAUGUCCACGAUCUGUGCGAACCUGAUGUUGGGCCUGGCCCAGCUCUUCACCGUCACCUUCCUUCUGGUUGGCUGGUUCUGGUCCAUAGGAUGGGGCUUCAAACUGGUGGCACUCUCAG